AUGUUGGCAGUUGUCACAGUUGCAGUUCUGCUGGCCCUGUUCUCCCAUGCCGAAGCAGGCUUUUGCUGCAAAAGUCGAACCAUGAGUGAUCAAGCAAGGCAGACUUUUCCUCGAUUUUCACAACGAUGUUCGUCGAAAUAUAGCACUUGGACAGAGCUUUGUUGGACUGGACGGUUAAAGCAAACGCGGUUAUUCUUGGUCCAGCUCAAAACAUGUACAAAGUGGACUGGGAUUGUAACUUGGAAGAAGUAG